AUGGCCGACAUCAAAAACAACCAAAACACCCAUACUUCUGACUAUUUCGCAAAUACGGAAAUGGUGCUCGAUGCAGGCAGUAUCCAACCCCCCUCGAGAAGCGCUUCCGGAAUCAGGAGGCGCGCAGAGACACGCAGAUCCAACGGCAACUCGAGACGCAUUCCAACACUCGUGAGAACUGAGCGACACACCGGAGGGGCCGCACUUACCGAGAGAUUCUUCAACGAUAAAAACUAUGUGCUUGGGAAACGUUCAGCAAACAACUCCCCUCGCCCCCCUCUACCUCGCGAGGUUUCCGUCUCCGAAUGCAUGUCGUGCGCAGACAAGCUAACGAAGUCGCACAUGAUACUGGCACCCUGUUCCCACGCUUACUGCCGUACCUGCCUCGAGCGAUUCGCCGACCUGACAAUGCAACGAGAGGCCAUGUUUCCACUACAUUGCUGCCACAAGACGAUCCCAGUCAUUAUCAGCAACAACUUCUCCGAGGAGCUGGUCAAGCGAUACGAGGCGAAGCAGGUUGAAUUCGGGACACCUGCCAAGAGGCGUAUCUGGUGCAGCAACCAGCGAUGCUCUACAUUCAUUCCCCUACCACUGAUCCGUCUAGGGACUGCCCAUUGUGCUGUUUGCAAGACCGAUACAUGCACCAAAUGUAAAGGAAACUGGCACACAGGCGACUGUCCAGAGGAUCCACUGUCACAGGAAGUGCUCGACAUAGGUGAGAAGGCAGGGUGGAAGAAGUGCCCAAAGUGUGGACAUCUCAUUGAGAAGCCCGGAGGCUGCGACCAUAUGAGUAAGUAA